UUCACCCCUAUUGCGCAUGCGCAUGUUUAAAAAGGCGGCUGGUUCAAUUUUCGUGGAUAUUCCGUACAGAUUGGAUGUAAACAUGAUGCGGAAGUCCAGUUUGGGGGGCCGACCAUCUCUAGCAGGGCCAUUGCGAGUGAGGACUGAUGAUAACGUGAAGCCGUCCAGCAGCAGACAGUCAUCAGGAUGUGGGCUAUCAUCUGGAAACAGACUGUCAAUAGGAAGCAGACCAUCACUGGGUGGAAGGCCAUCAAUAGGACGGGCUCAGAAGCCAGUGUCGCGAUACAGUGCAUAUCCUACCACUGCAGGUCAAAAGAGAAGACAUUCAAGUGGCAUCGGAAUCCGAGGUCGCACUGAUGUACCGAAAGAUCCAAGACCAAUAUCUGACAAAAGUUUCCAGCACAAGAUGAUUAGGCAGCUCCUGGAGUGGCUCACAGAUAAGGGCUAUUCACACCCUAUCUCACAGAAGAUCCUUGUAUCACCACCAAGUAAAGAAUUUUUUAGAAUAUUUGAGUUCCUUAAUGGUCACCUUGAACCCAAAUACAAGAUUGGUCCAAAGCCAGAGGAGGAAAUCCCCAAGAUUUUCAAAGUUUUGGGCUACCCGUUCUCCAUCUCUAAGAGCUCCAUGUUUGCCAUUGGCAGCCCCCACACCUGGCCCUACCUCCUGGCAGCCCUCAUCUGGCUGGUGGAACUCAUCAAGAUGGGUCAAUUCAUGAGUGAUAAAGCAGGCAUUGAAGCUAUUCUCUUCCCACACGAGGAAGAUGAUUUUGAUUCCAGUCCAGAGAAUAAGCUGCUGUUUGAGUACUGUGAAAACACCUAUGCUGCCUUCUUGUCCGAGGAGGAUGAAUAUGAUGCCUAUGAUGAGGAGUUGUCGAGGAUGCUCAAGGACAAAUACCAAGGCACAGGUGGUGGUAUUGAUGCCCUCAUUGCUGAGAACGCAAGGCUCAAGCAGGAGCUGGAUCUACUUGAACAGGAUGGGGAUCGGCUGGUUGUUCUACAAGAGCAGCGUGAGGUUGUGCGGAGUGACAUGACACGGUUCGACCAGUACUUGGAGGAGAUGUCAUCCUACCAACACAAGCUGGAGAUCCAGCAGAGGGAGCUGGAAGAGGACAAUGGAGGUCUAGAAGCUGAAUACAGGUCAGUGGAACAGAAGAACAAGCACAUGCAGGCAAUCUAUGAGACCCAGAACCUGACCCCUGCAGAUGUGGAGCGCCUGAAGCUGAACCGGCAGGAACUGCAGCGGCAGAUUGAUGCCCUGGACAAGGAGAUUGAGCAGGUUGACCUUGACAACUGGAAGGAAGAGAUGAACAUGGCUAAGUCCAGAGAAAGAAUGGAAACGAAGAGCAGUGAAUACAAUAAGAUGGCUCACGGUUUGAAACUUGUCCCAGCUUCAGCUGAGAAUGCAUGUGGCAUUGACUAUGAACUGAAGACUUCCUACCAGAACACAAUGACUGUUGACUUUGACAGUACAAUCAAACCAGCGCUGAUGCAGCUGAAGAAACAGUGCAAUGUCAGCUUGAAUGAGAAGUCCCGACAGUUGUUAAUCCAGCAGGAUGCCCUGGAGCAGCUGUGUGAGCAUGUUACAGAGCAUCAGGAUGCUGUCAGGGUGAUGGAGAAGAAUCUCAACAUAGCUGACGAGGAGUACAAGACAGAAAAAGAGAGCUAUCAGCAAGAGGUUCAAAACAUCAUGGAAGAUAUUGAGCUCAAACAGAAGAUGUGGGACAAUGGCAAGAAGUCCUCGCAACAGUGUCGACAGGAGACACAGAGGGAGUAUAAGGAUGCAGUCAAACUAGCUGAACAGAGGAAGAUUGAAUUACUGGAGGAGGAGCAGCAGUCGGUAGAGUUCCUGGACACGGUCGUCCGGGAAGUCGUGGAGCACAAAACAGCUAUUUCAGAGAGACUACAAGAGGUGGUUGCUGAUACGAAAGUACUCCAGAAGAAAACACAAGAGGAAACAGAGAAGAUAUUUAGUUAUCACUGAACCUUCACACAGGCACCUUUUCAUCUGUACACACAAGUUGUUAUAUAAAACAGCUUCUUACUCAUGACAGCAGUGGUUUUAUAGAGACAAAUCCAAAAUGUCACUGUUUGGUCGCCUAGUAGUGCUCUGAUACAGCAAGAUGAAAUAUACUGUAAAUAUCAUGUGAGCCUUGUCCAGUGAGAUGUGUCCAGACCUGUUCCCGCCAUGUAGUGAGUCAUCUGCUGCUCCCUACUCAUCCAAGGACAACAGUGUACACUGCAACAAGCUGACAGGACAUCACCCAGUAGAAACACUGCCUUGUCAACACAGGUGGCCACAGAGCAGGAUUGACAACUUAUUCUAAAAACAUUUAUUUUAUUCAUUAAAAUACCAUCUUUGUGUGCCUAAGAUGCUGUGUUUGCAAUGCUGAUGCUGCAGUCUAGAUGGGUAUUAAGAACAACUAAAGAAGUUGGAUGUAAUCACGACAAGGAGUGUUAUGGAGCACAACCUCUUUGAUAAAAGCCACUGCCUCCAUCAUCAAAGUCAGUCAGUUAGUGAAACCAUUUCAUAUUGACUUCCUUUAGUGAAAAUGGCAAAUUCAUGUUUAAACAAACAAUGUGUGUCCAUUUGCUAACACAAUCUGUAGGAUGUUUACAUAAAACUAUGUAUAUAUACUGAAGCUUCCCUUAACACUGUCAUUCAAUCUCUAUGGCAUUUUGCCACCCUAACUGCCUAUUGCUCUAACACAGCACACAUUGCAUGCAUGAAACAACUAGAAUUGUCUAUAUCAGUGGCCUACUUCGGCUUCAGAGGCAGAUCUGUCAGUUGAAUAAUAAAGUAGUGUACAUCAAUGUUU